AUGGGCUCCUGGUCGACGGCUGGGGGGAGGUGUUGUAACAGGCCGCUUUUAGCGCCACCUGUUAAGACAAUGGUACUUAUGACCGGUCACGAACCCGCGAAGAGAGACCAACGAGGAUUACCGACGUGGAUUCUCUACAAGAUCAUCGACGACGGGCGGAUGGCUGUCUCGAGAACGAGCUGGAACGACGGACUUAUAGGAACUCGAAGUGAGCAAUCGACGCAUGCGUGA